CAGCUCGGGUUGACAGGGAUGAUGUUUUUGGUCGGAGGACGCAAAAUCUGUCAUCUCUGUGUAAACAUGGAAGCCGAACACUAAUUCAUUUUGCUUGCUGUUUCCAGGAUGAAUGAUAUUUUUGAAUAAUAUUCUGGUGUUUAAUCAAUAUGAGUUUCUAUUUUGGAUACUGAUCCGAUUCUGAAGUCUUUGGGAAAUGAAUCGACACGGAGUCGACACCGAAUCGACACGGAGUCGACACAUCAGAGGCGUGAUAUUAAUAGGCGUUCAUAGCAUACUAAUGCUCAGUAUCAGAACAUUCAUUCAUCUUCAGUCAUCACUUUAUCCUGGUCAUGGAUCCUAUAGGUCCAAGGAUGCGAUGCGGGAAUACUCCCUGGAUCGGACACCGGUCCAUUGCAGGAUGACACACACACACACACACACACACACCACUCAGUGGCCUGUUUUUGGUUGGUCGGAGGAAACCAGAGAACCUAAAGGAAACCUGCAUGAACAUGGAGAACCUGCAAAACCUCAGGGUGUAACCAGCGAUAUGGAAUACGAUGAGAGACUUGCACGCUUUCGCCAGGGUCACGUCAACCCGUUUGACAGGAGUGAAAGUGAUGGCACCUUGGACAGGAAAGAUCCUCCGAAACAGGAGGUGAGACCGGAGCUGUUCUCCACGGAGACGAAAACCCAGAACUCCGACCGAACCAUGGAUUUAGGGCUGGCUGAGGACCAUUUCUCACGACCCGUGGGUUCUUUUGUGGCAUCAGACAUCGAGCAGCUGAAGCAGGCCAUAGAGGAGUGUAAGAAACUGAUCUUAGAGCUGCCGGAACAUUCUGAGAGACAGAAGGACACUGUGGCCAAACUCAUCCACCUGCGUCUCAAACUCCAGGAACUGAAGGACCCGGAAGAGGACGAGCCCAACCUUCGGAUCCUGCUGGAGCAUCGCUUCUCUAAGGAGAAGAGCAAAAGUGUCAAACAGACGUGUGACAAGUGCAGCACCAUCAUCUGGGGUCUUAUUCAGACCUGGUACACGUGCACAGGUUGUUAUUACCGUUGCCAUAGUAAGUGCAUGAAUCUCAUCACAAAGCCGUGCGUGAGGUCUAAAGUGAGCCACCAGUCAGAGUACGAGCUAAACAUCUGCCCAGAGAUCGGCCUGGACAAACAGGAUUACAGAUGUGCCGAGUGCCGAGCCCAGAUCUCUCUCAGAGGCGUCCCGAGCGAAGCGAGGCAGUGUGACUACACAGGACAGUACUACUGCAGCAGCUGCCACUGGAACGACACUGCCAUCAUCCCUGCACGUGUCAUUCACAACUGGGAAUUUGAGCCCAGAAAGGUGUGCCGCUCAUCCAUGCGCUAUCUGGCUCUGAUGAUCUCCCGUCCUGUGCUGAAGUUAAAGGAGAUAAACCCACUACUCUUUAACUUUGUAGAGGAGCUGGUGGAAAUCAGGAAGCUGCGUCAGGAUAUAUUAUUGAUGAAGCCCUACUUCAUCACCUGUAAAGAAGCCAUGGAAGCCAGACUGCUGCUGCAGCUUCAAGAUCGGCAGCACUUUGUGGAGAACGAUGACAUGUACAGUCUACAGGACCUGAUUGACAUCUCCAGCGGCCGUCUCAGCUGCUCUCUCACGGAGAUUCACACCACCUUCGCCAAGCACAUUAAACUCGACUGUGAGCGAUGCCAAGCCAAAGGUUUCGUGUGCGAGCUGUGUAAGGAGGGAGAUAUUCUCUUCCCAUUCGACAGCCACACCUCAGUGUGCCACGACUGCUCUGCUGUUUUCCACAGGGACUGUUAUUAUGACAACUCUACAACGUGUCCACGAUGCGCCCGAAUGAACGAGCGGAAGCAGGAAGAACUGGCGGAGCUUUAGAGAUGCAGGAUGUUGGCGGGUGUUAACAGACUUUCACUGUGACAGCACUACAAUCAGUGCUAAAAGUGGCAUUGUGAGCAUGCUUUCAGUCCAGGACUGGCACGUUCCUAGUGUAACUGUACACUUCCCAGUAUCUGCUGUCUGUCUUAUUCUUGUGUACUUUUUGUGCAUCUGUGUAACACUACAGCAUCAGUAAAGGCAGGAGAGACAGUGAAUGAGAUGCGUGAUAGAGGUCAACUUGGACCAUCGGCAGUACAGCAUUCGCAGUGAGCUCCGAAAAUGGAACACUACAAGUGUUGUAGGGAUUUUAACAGGUUUAACACUUGUUUCUUAUAAAACUGUCUCCCAUAACUUAGCCUUAUUAAUGAGAUUGUGUUUUAAAGUGCUUUCACACUUUUUUUUUUUUUGUGUGUGUGUGUACAGUAAAUGUUGGAGAAAUUAAGCUGUUUGUGCAGUUUCACAAUCAGUCACUUACUGGGUGAGCAUCCCGAAAAAUAGACACCCUCUAAUUAUUUGUUACAUUACAACAAGGCAAUGAAAUAUUUCUCAGUGGCUGUAAAUCACUUUCCCUUCAACUUGUAACCUGAAUAAUCAACUUCAAAAAUCUAUUUUAAAGUAUCGUUUUGCUUUCCUGAAAUGCGAACUUUUCAUAACGCUCCGUAUAUUCGCUCACUAACAAGAUCAGUUAUUGAGCAAAUGUGUUCUCCCGUGUUUAGUUCUUCUAUCUUGCUCCACAACCUGCAACCUGAUUGGUCAAGAAGGAACGAAGCAGUCAUUACUCUACUCUGUACGCUUUUCCCAAGAAUGCUGCAUGGUGACAUCAGAGCUUUUUAAAAGUGGUCACACUUUUCUCUUUCUUUGUGUUCACUUCCCUGAGUAAAACAUGUGAGGUUAAAAAAAAAAAAAAGUGUGAAAGCAUCUUUAUGUUUAAAAGCUGUUAAUUAUAGUACAGUAUAAUAUAUUGCUGUAUUGUAUUUAUCUCUACAUUGUAGUUACAGGGACCUGGCAAUGUGUGAUGAUGUGCAAGAUCAACAGAUUUCUCUUUGCCAAACAUUUAUCAAAAUCAGUGUCAAAAAUAUUGAUCCAUUUUAAGAUUAAACUGAUUAUUCGUAUGCCAAUUAAACUGAAAGAGGAGUAAAAGAAGUGUAAGGCUCUCUACACAACAUCGUGUACGUCUCUGUGGCUCUUAAUCGUUUUGAGGUAGCCGAUACCUCAGAAUGUAAUGAUUUAUGCACUCUUUAUUAUUUGUUCUAAAAUAAUAUGGAAUAUGCUGUGUUACGUUUCAGCAUGCGACUUACUUUUUUUUUUUCGCACUGUGAUAUAACAGAUGUUGUGGUGCUGAGUAUUGUAAAGUUAUUCUCGUCUGUGCAAUGUAUUGUGAUGCUUAUGAAAGACACGAUUAAAUUAAUUACUGUA